CCCUGGGCGCGCCCGCGGGCAGCGCAUGGGGCAGCGCUUGAGCGGCGGCCGGCCCUGCCUCGAUGUUCCGGGUCGGCUCCUGCCGCAGCCGCCGACGCCCCCGCCGCCGGUGAGGAGGAAGCUUGCGCUGCUCUUCGCGAUGCUGUGCGUCUGGCUGUACAUGUUCCUGUACUCCUGCGCCGGCUCGUGCGCUGCGGCGCCCGGGCUGCUGAUGCUGAGCUCCGGGCCUCGCGCCGCACACGCCCCGCCAGCCUUGGCCGCCGUUCCCAAUGGGACGCCCUCCAGGCUUCCUUUCCGGGCGCUGCCGGCCGCGGCACUGGCUGCGGGCAAGGAGCUGGCAGAAGGCGCUGCGAGCCAGGAGGAGCAGGGUCCCGAGGCGCCAGACUCCCCCAGCCCCAUCUCCAGCUUCUUUAGUGGGUCUGGCAGCAAGCAGCUGCCUCAGGCCAUCAUCAUCGGCGUGAAGAAGGGCGGCACGCGGGCGCUGCUGGAGUUCCUGCGCGUGCACCCCGACGUGCGCGCCGUGGGCGCCGAGCCCCACUUCUUCGACCGCAGCUACGACAAGGGCCUCGCCUGGUACCGGGACCUGAUGCCGAGGACGCUGGAGGGGCAGAUCACCAUGGAGAAGACGCCCAGCUACUUCGUCACGCGGGAGGCGCCCGCGCGCAUCUCGGCCAUGUCCAAGGACACCAAGCUCAUCGUGGUGGUGCGGGACCCGGUGACCAGGGCCAUCUCAGACUACACGCAGACGCUCUCCAAGCGGCCAGACAUCCCCACCUUCGAGAGCUUGACGUUCAAAAACAGGAGCACGGGCCUGAUCGACACGUCGUGGAGCGCCAUCCAGAUCGGCAUCUACGCCAAGCACCUGGAGCACUGGCUGCGCCACUUCCCCGUGGGCCAGAUGCUCUUCGUGAGCGGCGAGCGGCUCAUCAGCGACCCGGCGGGCGAGCUGGGCCGCGUGCAGGACUUCCUGGGCCUCAAGCGCAUCAUCACGGACAAGCACUUCUACUUCAACAAGACCAAGGGCUUCCCCUGCCUGAAGAAGGCCGAGGGCAGCAGCAAGCCCCACUGCCUGGGCAAAACCAAGGGCAGGACCCACCCCGAGAUCGACCCCGAGGUGGUGCAGCGACUGCGCGAGUUCUACCGGCCCUUCAACCUCAAGUUCUACCAGAUGACGGGGCACGACUUUGGCUGGGAUUGAAUGGACCAUGGCUGUGUAACUUACCAUGUGGCUUAUAUAUUGACAGAGAUUAUAUGUAUGUAAAAUGUACAGAAAUCUAUUUUAUAAUAAUUUAUUUUUAAUUCAUAAGCAAUUAAUUCACUAAGCUGCCUACCCACACUCUUUAGAGAGUUAGCUUCAUGGUCUGUUAACAUUCCAAAGUGUUUAAUUCUGAUAUUUUGUUCUAUGCCUCAUAACUGAUGGUGCUUCCAUUUCCCCUCUUCCUUCCCUAUUGUAUUUAAAAAGAAGAAAAGCACAACUUGAGAUUUUUGUUGUUACGGGUAUUCAGCCUUCGAUUGCUGUCCCAGUUUUCUGGCUGCUGUCUGCUUGUGUCUGGGCCUCCAGUUCCAGCUUCCAGUCCUUGCUGCUUGUACCUCCUAGGAGCACUGAGCUGCCUCCACAGUGCUGUGUUCUGAAGGUCAGGCCUCACGUAGCGGCUUCCUCAUCCAUGUGUAGCUAUUUCUGAGGAUGUAGACUCCAAACCACCAUGCUGAGGAUUUUCCUCACCUCCACCAAGCAUGGAGGGACUCAUCACCCGUGUAGGGACAUCCACAUCCUCUAGAGUUUCAGUGACAGGGUCCAUUUCUUUUAGCCUUUGAUGUUGAACAGUGGCCCAUCGUCCCCUUCUGCCCCAUUCCUUGGUCCAUUAAUGGCUGGAAGUGUGAGCAGAUGUUAGCCCCUCUUGCCCAGGUCACCUGCUUGGGUGCUGCUUUAGCAAUAAAGAUGAUCUUUUCUAAUUUGCGCGGGCAUGCACUGUGCUCUUUUCUCCAGGCAGACAGCUCUGCUGUGACACACCAAAGAGUUCCAUAUCCUCGCAGGGCCACCUGCAUAAACCCAAGGCGCUGGGGCUCGAGACCCAUAGGGGUCAGGUGCAUCCCUUGCCAUUAGCAUCUCCCAAGCUGUUGCUAGGUGCAGAACUGGUCAGCACUGGGCUGUAGGCUCACAGUCUCACUAGGGAGAAAAGACAGAGACUCACAAAUGAGAGGCAGCCUGGCAGAGGAAGGAACUCCCUGUAUCCCCGACUGCUGUUGCUCUGGAAUUCUUGGCUCAUCUCAGAACGAGCACAUGGCAGUAGGAGUGGCCCUUUCAAAGGCAUGUUGCAAAAGCUGGUCCCAUGUUCUGCAGCUACUUGGGCCAGAAACUCGUGCAGCUGUCCUACAUCAGCCAAAUCUUGCAGAAAGGUUGCCGGCAUCAUUACUACUGUGCAGAUGGCUCUCCCCAUCCCUCUGCUUUGAGUGCAGAUAGGGAUCGUUUCCGAUGAGCAGCUGGUGGCACCUGGAUAACCAUAUAGCGACAUCACAUAAUGACAUAUCUAGUUAAUCUUCAGUUUUCUAAACCAGAAUACUUCUAUCACAAGAAAAUUGUUUUUUGAGUUAUACUUUCCUCAAGGAAUAGGUGGGAAGAUGUACUGAUUGUCAAUAUAGUUGAAUUGUGAUAUUUACAAAGGAUGCCUUUGUAUGUUUUAUGGGAAAACUUGACUGAUUGGGUAAGAAAAGUUGUACAAAAAAAGGAAAGAAUAAUUUAUAUAUAGAAACUAAUCCAGAAAUGUUGCUGGUCUUUCAAGUGACAUUUUGAUAAUCUAGCUUGUAUUUGUCCACAAAUUUUAGCCUAGCUCUUAGCAGCAAAAGUAUCUGGGCAGGCUGUAUUUAGGGAGGAAGAUGAUCAGAGGCUCUGUGUGUUCCUUAGAUGGUGUAUCCAAUUUAUAGGGUUUUUUAUUGUCUUUACAAAAUGAUGUGGAACCUGCACUUAGUGCAACACUGUAAUCAUAGCAUGGCUCUCCACUCCUCCUGCCUGGGUGUGAAUAACACCCGCAUAAGGGUGCUAACUGGUGUGAGUUUUUUGUUGGAAGGCUCACUUGCAAUCGAAGUAGAACACCGCUAUACAGUUACAGCAUAACCUUGCUUGAAGUAAGGCAGCGUCCAAGUCCUUCACCACAUCUUGUCCUGUUGACUUCCUGGCCACUCUCAUGGUCAAAGGUGACUCAGGAUAUAGAACUGCAGAACAGUUCAGAGAAAGUUAUGCAACAAAACCAUAGGAAAGCAUGUAUGAGCCUUUCUUUCCCCUUCAGGCCCCUGACCUUCCAAGCUGGACAAUUUUUGAUUGUUUAUUCCCAGCUUUAAAAUAAAACCGAAACAGGAAAUUUUCAGAUAGGAAGGUCAUUUAGGCACAAACACUGAAGUGGGUCAAAAUUCUAUUUUAGGUCAAGUCCUUGAAUUCAAGCAGAUGUUGAUAAUUAGCACUGAUGGAAUAGCGCAAAUUUUUCCAAGUAAGACAAAUAAAUCCAAAAUCUCGUGCACCGCUUGCUCGUAAGGCUCUGAUAGCUUACAGCUCCUGACCCGUGCGGAUGCUGCCUCUGCCCCAAGGUUAGACUUUCUCACGUGAUAGUUAUUACAGCCCUGCAUGUCUUCCUCUUGGGGAAGUUAGGCAGUGCAAAAAACUGAACCUUGGGUUUCUUCCUCUUGCAGCCAUCUGCAAGGCCAUGAAACUUAACAUUUUAGCUGCUAGAAGACAAACACCACAUCACGCGUCAUAUUCUGGCAUUUUGUUCCAGCACAUGUUUUGGGUUUCUUUUAGGACACCCAAAAGGAAACCUCUGUUCACUGGAAUGUUUUAUUCUCAGUUUUGUUUCUUUCUUCAUUUAACAGCAAGCAAAAAAGAUUAGCAAGGAAAAUGGAGAUAUUUCUAUCUAUUGACUGUUUUCUUUGAGGUGCUUGUGUAAUCAUCUGUUAACUGGCUAGGUAGUGCCUGGAAAGUUAUUUUAAGACUGUGUAAUAAAUUCUUAAUUGGAUGAUUGAGGAGAAGUUGUCUUAUUCCUGCGAUUCUCUUUGUGAGUCGUGUUGAGCGGCAGAUAAAUUUAGACCUUUGGAGAACCACAGUUGCAGAUGAUGCUGCAGUGUUUUGGUAAAAAAGGAAAAUGGAGUCUCUAAAGAGUUGGGAACGCUUCAGUGAGUUUCUAAGAUGCUGAUGCAGUCAGUGUUGUUUGUUUUUUCAGUUUAUCAGGAAGGAUGGUUAAUGCAAUUUAAAGGUGUGUUUAGAUCUUUUUUCAUUUUUGUAACAUUAAUUUAUGACAGAGUUUCAUUCAGCCCCAUAAUCUAAAAUACUGUGCAAAUUCUAGCCGUAUGUCUUCUAUAACCUGGAUUUUAGAAUAGCCGAUAUGUACAAAAAAUUAAAUCAAGUAUUUUGUCCUAUGUAUAACACAAAUUAAUUUUACACAGAGAAAGAUGUUUCUAGGAAAAUGAAAUUCUGGUAAUUCAUACUAUUGCUUUGUAUGAAUAAAUAAAAUAUAUUUUACCAA